AUCGGCCGGGGCGUGACGAGCUGCUGUCGCACGCCAGCAUCCAUGUUGCUGAUUUAGUUGCAUACUUCUUAACGGGUGACGUCGAUUGUCGCUCCCGAGCAGUGGCGCGUCGGUGGGCCGGGUUUAUCACGCCAGCAGCGGGCCGUAGUUGAUGCAAAAAGUGGCAGCUGCCUCGCGUGCCGCCACUCGCCCCGCCCUAGUAGAGAGCACAGCGAUCUUGUCGCCACGAUUAUCGCCGAGCGCUGUGCGAUAGAGAGCACAGCGAGCGACGCCGCGUCAGGGCAGGCGAUCCCCGGACGACAGGCGCGAGUGGAGGAGGGCGACAGCAGCAAGGGAGCGACGAGGCCAUCUGUGCGAGGGAGAAGGAUUGCCGGCCCGCCUUCGUCCUCCCACCAGAGUGAGCGGCAGGGCGGCAUGGACACAGGCGCAGGCGGCACCAUCAGCGGGCCCCUCGCCGCCUCGGGCGGCCCUGACGCCAGCAGCACGUACGGCGGGCUGGACCCCUCGGACGUGGAGCUGUCCCCAGCAGUCACCACCGUCGCCUUCUCGCCCGCACCGCUGCCACCGCUGCGACUGCCCGUGAAGGCAGGCCCGGGGGACAGCCCCGAGCGGGGCAAGUGGGUGCUGGCGUUCCAAGACGAGGCCAGCUGGCGGGGCGCAUGGGGGGCGUGCGAGCGGAAGAUUGGCGAGCAGUGCGAGGUGGGGGCGCGCAUGGGGUGCUCGGUGCGCGCCACCACGCGGUGCCAGGAGGCGCUGCCGUGGGGGCUGAGGGGGGCGGGCGGGGGAUUCCUGGGGGUGAUGGAGCUGCUGGGCGUGGGGGGCGGGGGGGGGAGGGGCGGGGAGGAGGAGGAGAAGGAGAGGGAGGCGUGCGAGGAGCGCGAGAUGAUGGCGUGCCUGGCGACAGCACAGGACGCCUGCAGGGAGCACGCGCAGCAGCAGUGCGCCACUGCCUUCUCCCAGGCGCUCAUUGCGCGCUCCCUCACCUCCAUUCCGCUGCCCCUCCUCGACCGCCGUGCCCAGCGGGCUCUCCUGCGUGCCGCACUGCACCGCCGCCAGACUGCCGCUGCGGCGGAGGGCUCGGGACGAGGGGGCAGCAGAGGGGGAGGGCCAGGCGGGGGAGGCGGAGCAGCGGGCGCAGGGGGUGCGGAUGUGGAGAGGAGCCCGGGGGCAAAGCUGGCUCAGCAGGCAGCGGCGGCGGGGCUGGUGGCAGGGGGCAGAGGGGGUGGGGGGUUGGGGGGGCGGUGGGGGGGAGGAAGAGGGGGAGGGGCAGUCGAACGUGGUGAGCGCGAGGGGGCUGCCUCGGGAGGGCGGGGCGGCAGGCGUGGCGUGGAGAAGUGGGUUGUCGUAUCUGGAGACCCCGAGAGCGGGCAAGGAGGAGGGGGAGGGGAUGGGAGAGCGGUUAGGGAGAAGGAUGGUGAGAGUGGUGGUGGCAGGGGCAGCAGUGCCAGGCACACAGCAGCUGGUGGCGCUGAGUCUGGCAGCUGCAGUGGGGACACGUGGGACCCUAAACCCUGGACUGCUCAGGGGCAAGCACUGCCUGCAGUGGGAAGCAGGGAAGUGAGCGGCAUGCUGCGUGCCUUGCAACACGCGGCAGACGCUCUCAAGAGCAAAGUUACGCAAGGUGCAGGCACGGACAUCUCAAGGCGGUGAGCUGGCCGUAUGAUACGAGAGGAGAGGACAAUUCUGUAGUUUUUGAAGGGGUAGUUACAUUUGACCCAUCAGUUUGUUGAAAUGGAAGAAUGUGUUAACGUAGAAACGAAUGAUUACUAGAGGUGGAAACCUAGAACAAAUACUAGUUGGUUGU